AACAGGAUGGCACGGAUUUAACUGUAUGUGCCCCUCAAUUUCCAUUAGUCGCCUAUGUAAUCUUACCAUACUCUCUGCACACCCGCAGUCGAUCGCCCAGUACCAAAAUCCAAAUGGCCCAGUCUCAACCCCACUCUUGCGUCAGACAUGACCUACGUACGCUACGAUAUUCGCCAGCCCGCUCAGGAAGGGAUCAUGCUAUCUACAUGGCAACAAAUCAGCCACGUCCCAGCAUUCGUGGCGCCCACGUAUGAGAUCCUCAUCAUCUCGAAGGCAUUCCCUUGGUCAAUCGUCAUUCGUGCGCCCGCUGGAUCUGUAAUCACAUGCCGCGCGAUCUUUGAGGGAUUGCAUGAACUGCUACAAAAGCACAUUGAAGACUCGGAGUGGGCAAUCGUGGCUCUUGAUAAGACACGGAGGGAUGCAAUCGAGAAAGCUGCGAAGUCGAGGCAAGAGAAGGACAAGGACAAACAACUGAAGAGAAUUGAUUGGCUGGGGGAUACGCCGAUGUUUAAGGGGCUGGAGAGGGACGAGGAAUUUGAGAAAAAGAGACAUUUACCCGGAAGUGCGAGUUUCGCGGAGACAUGGGUGGUGAGAUUUGGGAAACCGUGAUCCCAGUAAAGAUGUAUCAUCAUGGGAGUUUGUGAUCUUUUUCCUUAUUUUUCUUCUCGGAGACUCGGACCCCGUGUAACGACACAACCUCAUGCCUAUACUUCUACGUGCAUUAUGCCUCACGGCUCCCCGUUACUUAUUAUUAGUCUCAUCUGCUGUGCAUUUCUGAGGAAGUCAUCCAAAUAUGACUUGGCCAGUGAUUAUCAUCGCGAGUGCAAUGUGCGUGCAUCAUGAUGUUUCACUGCUGAGCGCUGAUGCCAAUGCCCAUAUCACGGCGUAUCACUAGACGCUUGAUCGAGUUACAUGUAUCAUACACUCUACAUCCGCUCCGCUUCUUUGUACCUACAUAGUACUAGUUGAAACGUUCAAUAUUCAAUGUUGAUAUCAUGAUCAUGA